CCCCGAGCCUCCGCCUUGCCUUUCUACCUCCUCCCUCCUCCACCCCGCAACAAUUUUUUUUUUUAAAUCGUACAUGGAACAAACACUGAAGUAGCCCGGAGCAGACACUGACAGGGGUAGUGUCUCCAGCGCCGAGAGGGGCGUGCAGGGCCGGCUCGGCGUCGCCACCGCCCCGAUCGCUGGGCCCUGCACCGGGGCUUUCCCCCUUUUGCGCUCCCCCUUUUCUGUGUCCCAUACCUUGCUGCGGAAAUUAUUUCUGGGCAUUCUUUCAAAGCUACUGCGUCCCUACGAGGUCUGCGCCUCUGGGCACACAGUGUGCACAGGACCGGGGAACCCGAGGAACUGCAGCGGCCGGCGGUUUAUGGAGCUCUGGGCGGGGGCUAAGCCCGCGGCCGCGCCCCCCGCCCGCCGCCCCGGCCAUGCCGCCCCGUCAGCGCGCGCAGCCGCGGCGGCCAGGCCCCCGGGGCUGAGCCGGGAGCCGCGGGACGAGGCGGCGCGGGCGGGGCGGGAGCCGCGGCGGAGGGCAGCGCGGCGGCCCCAGUACUAUGGCUGUGUACUGCUAUGCGCUCAAUAGCCUGGUGAUCAUGGACAGCGCCGACGAGGCCAAGAGCGGCGGCGGCCCCGGGGCCAGCGGCAGCGAGACGCCCCCGCCCCCGGGAAGGGCCGUGCUCAGCCCCGGCAGCGUUUUCAGCCCCGGGAGAGGCGUCUCCUUCCUCUUCCCCCCAGCCGAAUCGCUGUCCCCCGAGGAGCCCCCGAGCCCGGGGGGCUGGCGGAGCGGCCGGCGCAGGCUGAACAGCGGCAGCGGCAGCGGCGGCGGCAGCAGCAGCAGCAGUGUGGGCAGCCCGAGUUGGGCAGGCCGCCUCCGAGGGGACAGGCAGCAGGUGGUGGCCGCCGGUACCCUCUCCCCGCCGGGCCCGGAGGAGGCCCAGAGGAAGCUGCGGAUUCUGCAGCGUGAGCUGCAGAACGUGCAGGUGAACCAGAAAGUGGGCAUGUUCGAGGCGCACAUCCAGGCGCAGAACUCCGCCAUUCAAGCGCCCCGCAGCCCGCGUUUGGGGAGGGCUCGCUCGCCCUCCCCGUGUCCCUUUCGCAGCAGCAGCCAGCCCCCUGGAAAGGUCCUGGCUCAGUGCGCGCGGAGCGAGGAACGGAGGACGAAGUCCUGGGGGGAGCAAUGUCCGGAGACUUCACAGGCCGACUCUGGGAGGAGAGAAGGGCCCAGCCUGUGCCCCUCGCAGGACAAGGAGGGAGUGGCACCUCUCCUCGGCCGGGCUGCCUCGGCAGGAUCAGGGACUCAGGGGCCAGCCGCUUCGGUGAGCGUGGAGAAGGGCAUGCCUGCCAGUGCUCCCCGUGGCUCGCCCACAGCUGUGGAAAUUGACAAAAGAGUCUCUCUCUCGGGAACUCAGAGCUGCCCAGCUCCCUCACCGGGGCUGGUCGGAGCUGGCUUAGUGAUGGACACAGAAGUGGCAGCGAGAGCCACAUCCACGGAGACACACCGUCCGCAGGAUCCUGCCCUCAUUGAGCGGUCUGCGAGGGCUUGCGAGCCUGAGGACCCGCACCCCUGGACGGCCCCGAGGGUGAGGCAGGGGCAGUUUCUGGACAGUGAGACAUGCCCAGCCCCAGAGAGGGGCGGGCCGCGUGGAGGAGAGCCCCUUGGGAAGAUGGAGAAAGGAAGUCUGCCCUGUGGUGUGCGGGCCUCCAGGGCGCCUGAAGCGGGUGAAAAGCCACAGGACACAACGCUAAGUGCGCAGAGCUCGGAGCCCUUUGAUGCCCUGAGCUGGUCCAGGCCGCCCAGAGAUUUGGGUGCGGUAGGGCCUGGGGAGGCCCGAAGCGGGGCUCCGGUGGGCGGGAGCCCUCGGCAGCCCUCGGACGGAGGGGAGGAAGGGUCUCCAACGCUGGGCUUGCUUGGGGGCAGCCGAUCGGCACAGCUGGGGACUAGGGAGGUGGAGGUGGAGAUUCCUUCUGGCAGGAUGCUGGAGCCUUUGCCUUGUCGGGAAGCGGCAAAAGAUCUGGAAGAACUUCAGUACCUUCCUGGAGACAGGAUGGGUGCGCAGCCUGGGGGCUCCCGGGCUUGGCAGGGCCCCACGGAGGAAGCCAGUUUGGCCUGGACGCGUGGCACAGGGGUACAGUCAGAGGGGACUUGGGAAAGCCAGCGGCAGGACACAGACACACACCCCAGGCUGGAGCUGCUGCCCCCAGAUCAGAAGGACAAGCCUGUCCUGAGAGAGGCCUGCAGCCCCAGCACCAUACCCGCCGUAAUCGUCACGGACAUGGGCGCGCAGGAGCACAGCGGCCUGGAGGAGGUGCAGGGAAGCCCUCUGGGCAGCCUGCCGCUGCGGAAACUGUCCUCUUCCUCGGCCUCCUCCACGGGCUUCUCCUCAUCCUAUGAGGACUCAGAGGAGGACAUUUCCAGUGACCCCGAGCGUACCCUGGACCCCAACUCGGCCUUCCUACAUACCCUGGACCAGCAGAAGCCCAGAGUGAGCAAAUCAUGGAGGAAAAUAAAAAACAUGGUGCACUGGUCUCCCUUUGUCAUGUCCUUCAAGAAGAAGUACCCCUGGAUCCAGCUGGCAGGACAUGCAGGGAGUUUCAAGGCGGCCGCCAACGGCAGGAUCCUGAAGAAGCACUGCGAGUCGGAGCAGCGCUGCCUGGACCGGCUGAUGGCGGACGUGCUGAGGCCCUUCGUGCCCGCUUACCACGGGGACGUGGUGAAGGACGGGGAGCGCUACAACCAGAUGGACGACCUGCUGGCCGACUUCGACUCGCCUUGCGUGAUGGACUGCAAGAUGGGCGUCAGGACCUACCUGGAGGAGGAGCUCACUAAGGCCCGGAAGAAGCCCAGCCUGCGGAAGGACAUGUACCAGAAGAUGAUCGAGGUGGACCCUGAGGCCCCGACGGAAGAGGAGAAAGCCCAGCGGGCUGUGACCAAGCCGCGGUACAUGCAGUGGCGGGAGACCAUCAGCUCCACAGCCACCCUGGGGUUCAGGAUCGAGGGCAUCAAGAAAGAAGACGGCUCCGUGAACCGGGACUUCAAGAAGACCAAAACGAGGGAGCAGGUCACCGAGGCCUUCCGAGAGUUCACCAAAGGAAACCCUAACAUCCUGGUCGCCUACCGGGACCGGUUGAAGGCCAUCCGGACCACCCUAGAAGUCUCUCCCUUCUUCAAGUGCCACGAGGUCAUCGGCAGCUCCCUCCUCUUCAUCCACGACAAGAAGGAGCAGGCCAAGGUGUGGAUGAUCGACUUCGGGAAGACCACGCCCCUGCCCGAGGGCCAGACCCUGCAGCACAACGUGCCCUGGCAGGAAGGGAACCGAGAGGACGGCUACCUCUCGGGGCUGAACAACCUCAUCGACAUCCUGACGGAGAUGUCCCAGGGCGCCCCACUCACCUGAGGCCGCCCCGCGCCCUCCCUGGCCCACCACCGGGCCUCUGGUUCCCCCCUUUGCUUCCCUUCUCUUCCUGAAUCUUCCCUUCACUUCUGCCUGGCCCGAGCCCCAGAACUGACCCUCCCGAACUGCACUACAAGACACUUUGUAGAAGAGGAGAUGAGGCUUUCUAGUAUUUUCCUAACGUCAGAGCUGAGAGGUGGCCUUUCCACUGCUCUUUGUAAAUAGAAUCACCUGCUAGACGAGAAAUGCCUGGACCUAGGCUCGGCUGUCUGUGAGGUUAUUUGGGGUUAGAGCAGAGGGGCUCCCUGGCUGCCGAGGGGACCCUGGGGACCCUGCUGGCUCCGGCAGCCCCUGGCAGUGCUGGCCCGGGCGGACUACCUGUGGAGGCCUGCUGCCCCCUGGCGGCUGGUGCCCUUAGUGCUGCGGCCAGGGGCGGCCCAGUUGGUGCCCAGGCCUCCCGAGCAGAGAGCCCAGCGGGGGGCUGGGUUCCUGGGGCCUGGCGGAGACGCCCGGCUUUCUGGUAUUCUGGUAGUUGGGGUUGGGACACAACCACUGAGGACCCACGUGCUGUUCAUGAGCGAAGUACCUUCUAAUGAGCAGCUCCAGGGGCUUCCAGAGCUGCUGCGGUGGCCUUUCUAGGGCUGCUACAGCAAGGACCGCCACCCACCCUGCAUGGAACCCCCAGGGGCUUUGGGCCAGACCCUGGAGCCAGGAGCAGGCUGAAGCCAGCUGGGCGGAGUUCUAUAAUUGAUGCCUGCCCAGAAGAGGGCCGGCAGGAGCUGGCUGUGUCCUUCCAUCUAGACCUGCUGCCAUGGGUUCAGCGGCGCCUCUGCCGAGCUGAGCACCAGGGAUGCCACCGGGGAUGGAACCUGCAGCAUCUCUGGGACUCCGGCCCAGGGCACGAGGCUUUCUCUUGCCCUCACCUCCCCAGUGCGGGUGGGUCCCCUGCCUGCACAGUGGGGCGCUCUCAUGGGGCCCAGGGUCCGUGUCCAGGAAGGAGGGCGGGGCUUGGGCCUGUGCCAGGCAGAGAGAAGGCAGGAUUCUGGCUUGCUGCAUCAUUUCUUAAAAUUUUCCCCUGAAAUACAUCUUAUGACCUGAAGGGCUUAGACCCCUGUUUCCCUAAGGUAGUGUGGGAAGCUUUGCAGGGCAUGAUGAGGCCCCAGGGGUGAGCCAGGCGGCUCUCACUGGAGCCUUCUGUGCUGCUUGGAGAUUCAUGGGGAACCAUUUUUGAGCCUCAUUUUAACUGCAAGCUGGUGAGUCUGUGUUAUGGGGUGGAAUGUAAAAUUUGCAUGAUGUUUUAAGAACAAAACUCCCAGCUCUGUGGCCACUGGAGCUGUCCCCAGGCCCCUCGGGGGUUUACCACUGUCAGGUUCGGGAGUGCAGAGAGUCGAGGGGCUCUGCCCGGCACCAGCCGCAGGAGCUGCUGCAGGGUCACCGAGGGGUGUGGACCAAAGUGUGUGCUUGCAGGGACCGCCCCUGUGGGAGCGCUGCCCGGGCGUCCACCCCGGCACCCGGGCUCUGGGGGCACUGUGGCCUUGCCACGGGACACGGAUGUCUCCCCCUGCGCCGGGUGCCUGGGUGACAGUUGGUGGGGGUGGAGGCUAAGACACAUGAGGAUGUAUAAGUAUAGUUUUUAAAAAAGGAAGUCACUUAAACUUCCUGGCUGUUGUUCAAAACAGUGGUGAGCUCCUGUGUGGGCUGACCACUGAAGGUCACACCCCCGCCCCAGCUGAGCCGAGAGACUCGUGACAGCACGUGAUCUGGAAGGCAGGCAGGACGGGGCAUCAGGGAGCCAGAGCUAGAGUCACUUUGGGGUUAGAAGGGACCCUGGUGGGCUGUGCUUCAGCCAUUUGCAGGACAGGGACAUCAUUCAUUCAGAUGUGGAGAUUCUACCACUAUGGACUGGCCAAAGGUUACCCUCAUUCCAUCUGUGAAAAACACUUGCUAAAGCAAAUUAAUGAUAUGAACAAAACUUCCAGGGGGCCAGCUUAACCUGUUUAAGAGAACAAAACUUGCCAAGCACUUUAAGCAGGCACCUGUUGUUUGCAAACAAUGUGCUAAUAUGCAAAUGAUUUGUUGAUUAAAGGAGGCCCCAAUACUUUGCUUUGGGUUAUAUAUGUGAAAGUGGUGAAAAAAAAUGGCAUCAUUUUAGGGUUUUCUAUUACUUAAAGGUUUUGGGGUUUGUUUUUUGUAUUUACCAUGCUAGUUGUCCUCUUCCACAUCUUACUCAGAGUGCCCACCCCUUGUCCUACCAUCUGGUCCUCCCCCCUUAUCUGAGUGGGAUAGAUGGAUCCCGGAAUGGAAUCUUCCAGAACCCCCGCCCUAGCUGUCUAAAAGACCAUACCUGUCUGGCCCUGGUCCUGACAGGGACUCCUUGGGUCCUGGCUCUGCAGAUGCCAGGAGGUGGGACAAGCUCUGUGCACCUGUGCACAGGUGAGUGGGUGCUGGGCCCUCCUGCUCUGUCCUCCUGGGCCCCCAGGAGUUCUUGCCAUUCAGCACUGCUUGGCAUUCUUGGAAGGUUUCCUCAACUGCUUUUCCCAGACUUGCCUUUAGUGUCAUGUAAGAAGUUUUUAAGUUAUAUUUAUUUUGUCGGUUUUUAAAAUUGCACAGAACACUAAGACUGAAAGGCUGGACUUUGUUUCUCCUUUAAAGCUUUGACUUUGUUUUGAGCUUCCUGUCCCAUUUGGUAGAAAGAGCCUGGACAUAGCCCAGGCCCCCAAGGGGGAUGUUUUCUUCCUUUAGUUGUAUUUAGCUUUGAGUUUCUCUGCACUGUCAACCCUGUGUGUAUAUAACCCGGCCCCCUGCUCUAGGGCGUUCACCCCAUCAGUGCCUUUUUUCUGGAGGAGAGGACCCCCCAGAGAGGCCUCCUUCUCUUCUGCACCCCCUCCUCACGGGACCUUAGAGAAAACUGAGCUGUUACAAACGCCCUGCACUGUGCCUGUCGGACAGACUGCAGUGUACAAAUAAAGCCCUGGAGACCAG